AUGUCACAAAAUACAAACACACGAGUUCCAUUUAAUGAAAUCGAAGGAAUAGCAUCAACAAAUGUUCCAGCCUAUUCAAAUGAAAAAAGUCAUUCUUUUAGAUCUGGUCGUCAUUAUAUAUAUGGAAUUUUUACUGGUUAUCAAUGGCAAUGUGUUGAAUUUGCUCGUCGAUGGUUAUUAAUACGUAAAAGCUGUACAUUUAAAGAUAUUCCAUGUGCAGCUAAUAUUUGGACUGAUGUAUCAUAUAUCGAACGAGUUAUAGAUGGUAAACAUUUUCAAUUACGUCUUAUUCCAAAUAGUUCUCCACAACCACCAAAAAAAGAUUCAUUACUUAUUUAUCGUCGUAGUAAUAAAAUGCCAUAUGGACAUGUUGCUAUUAUUACUGAUGUAACAUCAGAUUAUGUUUAUAUUGCUGAACAAAAUAAUUUAUAUCAUUAUUGGCCUGGUGAUUAUGCUCGUCAAGAACGAUUAAAAUUUCAUGAUGGAAAUUAUUAUAUUGAUGAUGAAGAUCCAAUUUAUGGUUGGAUAGAAAUUGAAAAUAAUGAUGAAUUGCAACCUUUUGAUGAAUUGAAUAUUGCUAAUAUACUUCAGCAAUAUUUAGGAGCUUAA